AUGACUGCCGAUCGAAGUCGUCCGGAACGUAUUGAAGAGCAGGACUCGGUUCAAGUCUGUGUGCGCAUACGACCGCUUACGUCAAAAGAAAAGCAAGAGCAACUCAAGAGUUGUAUUCGAUUCGCGUCAUCUUUUCACGGCUUAUCAUCUACUUCUGAUUCCUUUCAUGGUCCUCAACAGCUAAUUGUUGGAAAGGAUCGCGCUUUUACUUUUGACAAUGUGCUUGGUGUUACAAGCUCUCAAGCGGACACUUAUCAUAAAUGUGUGGCGCCGUUGGUCCAAGGAUUUUUAGCUGGCUAUAAUGCCACUGUAUUGGCUUAUGGCCAAACAGGAACGGGAAAAACGUAUACAAUGGCUGGAGCUGGUUUAGAUGCUAGGGGCCGGGAAAAGACAGGAACCUUGCAGGGCAUUAUUCCAAGGGUGAUCACGGCGGUCUUUGAGAAGUUACAAUUGGAAGAAGAAAGUAGCGAUAAUCAACAUCGAUGUGACCACACUUUGCGAGUAGAAUAUGUUGAAAUUUACAACGAAGAGCUUCGAGAUCUGCUUCAUCCCGAGACUUUGUCUAAGCAAUUAGCAAUUCGUGAAGACGGUGAAGGAAAUAUCGUGGUUGCUGGUGUCAAAUCGGAACCCGCUGAUUCAAAAGAGGCUGUUUUUCGACAUUUUAUUGUCGGAGGCACAUCGCGUGUGACUGGCAGCACGCUGAUGAACGAGCUUUCAAGUCGGUCACACGCCAUUUUCACGCUAUUGCUCGAGCAGCGUGAUGCUAAAUCAGGAUUGAGACGUUUCUCAAAAUUUCACCUUGUUGAUUUGGCGGGCUCUGAGCGCGCAAAACGUACAGGUGCUGUAGCUAAUCGCUUUAAAGAAUCCGUGAGCAUCAAUCAGGGGCUUUUAGCACUGGGAAAUGUGAUCAGUGCGCUUGGAGACGAUAAACGCCGAGUUGGAACUGCUGGUGGCUCUAUUCACGUACCGUAUCGAGACUCUAAGCUGACGCGUUUGUUGCAAGACAGUUUAGGAGGAAAUUCUCGCACGCUUAUGAUUGCUUGUGUCAGUCCAGCUAGUGUGAGCUUUGAAGAGACUUUAAACACACUGAAGUAUGCGAAUCGAGCGAAAAAUAUAAAAAACAAACCAAUUGUCAAUGACCGUGUUGCUAGUGAGGAAGAGCGUUUGCUCAAUGACAAGGCUAUGACACGCAUGAAAGAGGAGAUUGCAAACCUUCAAACACAACUUCAGUUGCAGAAGACAAUGACGCCGUCGUCAGAUUUGUUAUCACAAACACAUCUGUCGAAUUUGGACCACGAGAGAAGCACAGAAAGUGAGCAUGAGCUGGCAAAGGUAAGUUGUCAGCUUGGACAUGCCAUCAAGUGUGUGACGUUGUAUGAAGAUGCCGUGGAAAGUAUGCGUUCAUACUCAAGGGAAGCGGCUACACUACUGGUGGUGAUGGAGCGCGAGAUCAAGUCGUUAGGACGUCCAGUUCAGCAACGGCUAAAUGAGAUCGUGAAGCUAUUAAACACAUCAAUCCAGACAGCAAACUGCAGCGUUCUCGGCGCUAGAAAACUGCUGCCCUCACCAUCGCAGCGACUUGCGCACGAACAUGAUUCAACCACAACUUCUCAACAGGAGCCCGAAUCGAUCGUAGUCCAGCAACUCCGUCAUGAACUCAGGGAAGCCAAAACCAAUCUGACACGUGACGAAGAGAUUUUCGAGAAAAAGAAUGCUGAUAUCAAAAAACAGCAAGCACUUUUAUUAGAAGCCAAAUGUAAGAAUGAGAAACUCAUUCGGCGUGUGCAGGAGCUUGAGCGAGGCGGUCAGAUGUGGUCCAACAGUGAAGGUAUCGGUUCGGGUCACAGCAAUGAACAGGAAAGCUCAAGCCGUACAAACACUCCGUCCCCUGGUGGCCGAAGCUCUCGCUCGUCCUUAACAAGUCGCAGUUCGCGUGGGCUUUUUUCUCGCUGUGCAAGCAGCACUGCAUACAGCAGAGAUGACGACAAGGUGGUUAUGGACACUGACAAUGAACCAAUCGAAGAAUCUCGCUAUCCAUCUGUAUCUGCACCACGGAAAUCGAGAAACGGAGAUGCUACGGGAAGUUCGCGUGGUAGUAUUAGAGGUAGCCACUUGUCAGACCAUCGACUUAAAACAAGCGACGCGAUUAAAAAGCUCGAGAGCACUAUCACAGCACUUCAACAGAAAUUGGAAGAGCUGCAAAAGAAGAAUGAGGAGCUGCUGGACGCCCGCGAAGAAUCGACCAGGCGCUGGGCUUUGGAACGGCAGACCUACGAACGUCAACUUAGCGAGGCUGAACACUCGGUCGAGACGCUAAAGCGUGAGAACCAAACAUUUGAACACUCUGUGGUUGACGAUGCUUGUAGAGAAGCUAAGGACUCAAAGUCGAGGUACUCUAGCUCGUCAGUGCCAUGUCGUAGUCCGACAAAAGCUCGUGAAGAAACAGACGCAGCAGAAGUGAAGAGGUCGGAGCGGCCUCUGACUGCCAGGAAAUCUUUCGUUAAGGAGUCAAUUAACAAGGAGACUCUAUUCGCUGCCUUUGAAAGCAGUGUCAAUCAGCUAAUUGAGUAUCAUACGACUCGACGUGAAGUGGUUCAUUUACUAAAGGAAAAGAAAGUGGCUGAACAGAGCAGAAGUGAAGCGACACGACGUGUAAAUGCGCUUGAGUUACAAAAACUGCGUCAGAGCGUAAGUGUACGCGAAAGUAUUUCGGAUCUGUCUGAGUCACUUCGUGCGCUUGAUGAACGAAUGCUGGUGGAAAGUAAGUCGCUCGGAGAGCUGGAGCGACUAAAAAAAUUACGAGCUCGUGCAGAGCAAAAACUAGACAAACUUCGUCAGCGAGAAGAACAGGCCGAUUUCUUGGAUACAGAAGCUCAGCAAGAACUUCAGGAUCUUGAAGAGUUGAUUGUAGACUUGGACUCGCACAUUGCGUUCCAAGAUGCAGAGUUGGCAGCUGCACGAAACGAUUUAAUGGCAAUGAAGCAACGCUCGGACGCUGCAAAUACAAAGUCUCCCCUUAAGAGUCUUGCACACCAGCUUGUGAAGCAACUCAAGCUUGACAAAGAUGACGAUACAGAUGCUGUAGCUUCCGUAAUGACUAAAUGUCUGGACGAACUCGCUCGACUGAGGAUGCGAGUGAGUGAUAUGGAUAGUGAAGUUCAUGAAUUGCAAGGAUUGCUCAAUGAGCGUGAGGCAGUGAUAAAUCAGCUGGAAAGUGGUUUGGCGGUAGCUCGUACCGAAUUUGAUCGACGACUAGCCACACAACAACAAGAGAGUGCAGAAGCCCUGGAGCAGAUGAAAAGGAUGCAACCACAAGUUCUUGUGCCGACCAACGAAGCGAACGGAGAAAGUGACAGUGAGUGGCAGAAGCUCAUCGUGCGUUGUCAAAAGAAGGAUGAAUACAUUGCCGACCUGGAGAAGCACGUGGUGUUUUACAAAGCGAAGGCUAAACAGAUGCAAGCGCAACUACAACAACUGAUUCGGUACUCAACGGAGCAGCAACAAUGUUCUGAAGAUGAAAACUAUGAUAGUGAGAGAGAACGGCAGUUGCAACGUCGCAUCCAGCAACUUGAGGAUGCAAACGAUGAGCUAAUGAAGGAUCUAGCGACUGCCAAGGUUUAUUUGCGAGCCUCUCAAAGUCGGGCUAGCACUAGCAAAGAAUGUUUACAAGCCAAAGUGGUUCGUGUCUCUCGAAGUAAUCUACGAGCUGCUAAAAGCUUGAUUUCAAUAUCGGAGCUUAAAGAUGGCGGUACUCCAAAUGCUCGCAAAGUCAAAGACAAGUUGCAAGCUCUAGGACGAAAAAAAUUACAAUCCUCUGCUGCACUGAGCAUUUCUCUCGAAUCCGUUCUACUCAGCUUGAAUGCACUGGCCUUUAGAUAG